AUGAAGGACAUACAAGGAGAUACAGUCUACAGUAUGCAAAUCGAAUUGAUACUCGCCAAGCCGGCGAAAUAUCUCAUCCGUAUACUUCCAACUAAGCGAUGCGUGCAAACCUUACAAAAGCUCAUAAACACACCAUUCCCACGGCUCAAUGACACGCCAACUCCCUGCCCAGACACAGACAACAAGAAGAGUUGUCUAGAACCCGAGAAUGAACCCACCAACCGGGCCACACCUCCGGCUCUCAACCACGGAACACAGCUACAUGUAUCCACCCCAGCCAAUGGCACUACAAAAAGAAUGAAAUCCAAGAAUAUUGUAUAA